AGUGUCACUCCUGUCAUCAAUUUUUUUAGAACCGGAUUGUCGAGUUUCCUAGUUUGAGAGCCAGAAAUACCCAUAAGAACUCGAGUAACAAGUCGUUUACGGGAAAAAGCUAAGAGGGUCAAGGGAAGCCAAGUCAAGGAGGAGGCGUCGCAAGGAGACCCUCGUCGGAUCGUCCUGACGGGUCGCUGAACCCUCACUCCUAAUCCCUCACUUAAAACGCAUUUAUUCCUCCCACCGAACCGACAAUGGCUAAUCCCAGAGCUCUUCUACCCCUCGUGGUAUUAAUCCUAGCCCUUGAUUUAGGCAGCGGGACAAGGCUGGGAAGACGUCGAGGAGGAGGGGGACUUCUGACGCCCCCUCGACGUCCUGAGGGCACCGAGCUCCCGGAGUCCCAGUGGUUCCUGCAGAAGCUGGACCAUUUCGACCCCACCGAAGGCAGGACAUGGAAGCAGCAAUACUUCAGCAAUGGCUCCUUCUACAGGCCUGGAGGUCCUGUCUUCCUCAUGAUAGGGGGCGAGGGGCCAGCCAAUCCAGUAUGGCUCGUUGAGGGGAGUUGGAUUGAAUAUGCAAAGCGGCUAAAUGCUUACCUCUUCCAGCUGGAGCACCGUUUUUAUGGCAAGAGUCACCCAACUGAGGAUGCAUCAGUGGAGAACCUUGCCUACCUCAGCAGCGAGCAGGCACUCGCUGAUCUAGCAACAUUCACCGUCGCAAUGCAAGAGGAGCAUGGUCUUAAGGAGAACAAAUGGAUUGCAUUUGGUGGUUCAUACCCAGGGUCUCUGGCUGCCUGGUAUCGGUUGAAAUACCCACAUCUCGUGCACGGGUCAAUUGCCACAAGUGCUCCCGUGGUUGCACAGAUCAAUUUCAAAGAGUACCUUGAGGUCGUGCGAGAUGCCCUCGCCACAGUGAAUGAGAAAUGUGAUGAGGCCGUGAAAGAAGCAACGCGCCAGCUAAACAUGCUCUUGCUACAUAGGGUUGGAUGGCAGAGCAUAACGAAACGGUUCAAGCUGUGCUCACCGCUUGAUGGGCAGAACAAGAAAGACGUCGCCAACUUGUUUUCAAUUCUGACGGAGAACCUUGAAGACGUUGUGCAGUACAAUAAGGACAAUCGGGACUUCGAGGGAGUGAAGGGCACCAAUAUUACUAUUGACACAUUAUGUGAGAUUAUGCUGGAUGAAUCGAAGGGGCCGGCAAUCACAAGAUAUGCAGCCAUUAAUUCGCUGGCUCUUGAAGUCCAUGAGGAGGAGUGCUUAGACCACACAUACGAAUCAAUGAUAAAGGAACUGAGAGCCACGAGCUGGGAAAACAACACAGACAUUGGAG